AUGAAAAAAAGAGAACAAGAAUCAUCAAUGAAGGAUCUACAAUCACGAAAGGUAUCAUUACAUUAUGAAAAACCUGUUAAUCACAUGAAUGAUUUAAAGGAUCUUCCACAUUUUUAUACCGCCUUCCCUAUUUCAUUUUACCCAGAGGAUAGUCCAAUUAUUAUGGAAGAUAUGUGUAAAUCAAGAAAAUGUAUACCAAUUCCAAUAAUUGCACCUGAUGGUAGUACUAGUAAAGUACAGUUUCUUUUUUUAGGUUACGUACCAAAUUCCCCGGUUCGCGAUAAUUUGAAAUCUUCCAGAGGAGAUGAAGUUGAUGAAGGUCGUGAAGGUGUUACAGAAGAUACGACUAAGUUCGCUAAAACACCAGAUCUGAAAUCUAGACGACCAUCAACUGGAGAAGAUCAAUUACCAGACGACAUUGUACAGAUGGGACGGAAACCAGUUGACACUACUAUGAAGAUGGAAGAUGAAGGUCGUGAAGGUGUUACAGAAGAUACGACUAAGUUCGCUAAAACACCAGAUCUGAAAUCUAGACGACCAUCAACUGGAGAAGAUCAAUUACCAGACGACAUUGUACAGAUGGGACGGAAACCAGUUGACACUACUAUGAAGAUGGAAGAUGAAGGUCGUGAAGGUGUUACAGAAGAUACGACUAAGUUCGCUAAAACACCAGAUCUGAAAUCUAGACGACCAUCAACUGGAGAAGAUCAAUUACCAGACGACAUUGUACAGAUGGGACGGAAACCAGUUGACACUACUAUGAAGAUGGAAGAUGAAGGUCGUGAAGGUGUUACAGAAGAUACGACUAAGUUCGCUAAAACACCAGAUCUGAAAUCUAGACGACCAUCAACUGGAGAAGAUCAAUUACCAGACGACAUUGUACAGAUGGGACGGAAACCAGUUGACACUACUAUGAAGAUGGAAGAUGAAGGUCGUGAAGGUGUUACAGAAGAUACGACUAAGUUCGCUAAAACACCAGAUCUGAAAUCUAGACGACCAUCAACUGGAGAAGAUCAAUUACCAGACGACAUUGUACAGAUGGGACGGAAACCAGUUGACACUACUAUGAAGAUGGAAAAUCGUAAACGAUAUCGUUCAAGGACUCCCGACACAGUAGCAACUCAUAAUCGUCAUUCUCAUCGUUCUCCAACUCCGUCACCAUGCAGAAGAAGAUGCAGUUGUCAGAUUCAGCCUCCAGAAUUUCAAAACGAAAAUAACAAAUUUCUCAUGGUUUUGCACAGAUGGUGUUUCAGCUUACACCUUUUGUACAGUUUCUAA